UAGCCCUGAACACAGACCGGGCUACCCCUACGGUAAACAGCCAUUUGAACCUUCGCCAUUUUUUACGGAAAUUGGGCCCGUUCGGACAAUACAGUGCCCACACGUAGUUACUUGACAAUCCUUCAGGGGCCUAAUGUGUCGUAGAGGUAGCUGAAGUGAAGUGGAAACAUUAUUUCCAUAUGGAAAUUGUGUAAUUUCGAGAUUUUUGUAAACUGGAAAGUGCCCGAGCCAAGGAGGAUUUGUACGUCGGCGGCGUGCAGGCGUGUGCGCACGGGCUACUCGCCAUUGGCCGGAGCAUUUUGAAUAGGCUGCUUCACACGGCUUUCAUCAGCUGCGCGAGAGGUCACUAUAAUCCGUUUACUGAAAUUAUCUUGUAGCCGUGUGGAAAGCAGGAUGUCUGGAAUGGAUGAGCUGGGCCCACAGGAUCACGCCGAAGGAGAGAAAACUGCCUCAGUCGUAGCAUCGUCAUCCCAGCCCUCGCCGAUCGCCUGUGACAAGAACUCAACCAUGCUAGAAGAGAAGAGCAUUCACUCUGUCAAGCGUUUGUGGAAUACAGACGCCGACGAGGCUGUCGAAACGUCUAAAAGAGCACGUUUGUCAGAAUCUGAGGACAACAGAAUUUAUGAUAACGUGGCAAAUGAGAAGCUAUCUCAUGCCAUCGUUGCACCCGUGCAAAACCAAGACAAGGACACAAAUGGUGAUGGACGGAGUGACCAUAUACCUCAGGACACCAGCAAUGGUGCGCUAGAGAAUAACUCCCCACUGACGAACAACACCAAGGAUUCAUGCCUACUGGAAACUGUUGACCUUAGGCCAGAUGUACAUGUAUCUCAGAGGGAGACUAGUUCAGUUCCCAGGGAGCCCAGCAAGAGUCGGAGUGAGACUUCAAGUACGUCAAGAACGGAAACUAGCACAUUGAGUAACAGUAACCAGGAGGAGUCUAUGGAUGUAGAUUCAGACUCGCCAGCAAACAGUGCACCGGUCAAACCCUCAGGAUUAGAAACGCAAAGAACAGAAGCAACUGAUAAUAGCAAAGAGCGUCUUCAAGACUCGGACGAAACGGAAUCAACAGAUCUGUGCGGGGAGGCUUUGGAGCCUAAAGCGAAAGUCUCAGCAGCUGAACCAGAGGAAGUGGCGGGCGUACGACCAACAAUCACCAACAACCAAACAGGUGCUUCAGGAACUCGGGAUGUGAAACCCAAACAGUCUGUCUCGGAGACCCCCUCAAGAACCGAGAACGGAAGUGGCACGCAGAAAACAGUGCAACGCGAUCUAGAAAAUGGAGACGGGAAGCCCCAGACAGGAAAUACUGCUGACCGCCAAAACAUGGUCAAGGAGACAUUGGGAGAAAAGGUUGAGAACAGUGUGGACUUGAAGGAGACUAGAGACAAGAUGAAAGGAGACAGUACAAAAGAAGUUCCUACAAGCACAGGAAACAAGGAGCACUCCAGAUCAUCUUCACCCCAGGAUGAUGUGAUUGUCCUGUCAGACGAUGAAGUGGAUGGCACUCCAGAUGGUGACGAUACAAGCUCCAUCGACACGGGACCUUUCUCGCCCCUUCCCGACGACGACCCCCUGGGCAAGUUGACGGAGGAGGAGCUGGCUCAUCGGGACAAAGCCAUCCGGGACCUCCAGGAAGAGUUGCGGACUGAGGAGGGCAAACUGCUGCUGCUUAAGAAGCUGCGACAGAGUCAGCUCCAGCCCGUCCAGGUCCUGCCCAAGGAAGGGGCUGCGGCUGCCACUGACUCGGCCGGCACCAGCGCUGUACUGCCUCCCCAGAAGCCCAAUCCCACGCCCGUUAUCAAUGCCACGCUGCCGCAGGUACUCCGCACCACCCCAGGCGCCAAGAUCCAAUUGUCGGCCCAGCAGCAGCAGCAACAGCUGCAGCACCUGAAGCAGCUGCAGCAGCUCCAACAGCAGCACCAGCAGAAGGCUGGCAGCCACGCCAUCCAGAUGCCCCAGCUGGUGCGGGGCUCCCAGAUCCAGACCAUCGGGCGCAGUGUGCUGACCCCUCACAGCGGGCCACCUCCGCUCGUCAUGGUGUCCAGGGGAGGGCAGCCCGUCCAGAACACCCGGCACAUCAUACGAGUCAGCGGCACAGGAACUGUCAGCACAACAUCUCUGCAGACGGCUGGCUCGCAGCUCGUCAGCCAGCAGUCCCGCCCCAGCACAACAACAGCCAAUGACAGCCAGUCGGCAGCAAGCCGCCAAGCGGCUGCCAAGUUGGCCCUCCGCAAGCAGCUUGAGAAGACCCUGCUACAGAUCCCUCCGCCAAAGCCUCCCCCACCAGAGCUCCACUUCCUGCCUAGCGCGGCCAACAACGAGUUCAUCAUCCUGGUCGGCUUGGAGGAGGUGGUCAACACCAUCCUGGAGGUGGAGAAGGACUCCAAGCGGAAGACGCCACAGCGCUUCACCGACCCAUUCCGCUGUGCCCAGUGCAAGACGGACUUCACCACUAUUUGGAAGCAGGAUGCCAAGCAGGGCAUCAUGUGUGAGACCUGCAUCGUCUCCAACCAGAAGAAGUCCCUCAAGGCGGAACACACCAACCGGUUGAAGACGGCAUUUGUCAAAGCGCUACAGCAGGAGCAAGAGAUUGAGCAGCGGAUGCAGCAGGGCCAGAACCCAGUCAUCCACAGCAGCCAGCAGACAUCCAGACAGCACCACCAGAGCUCCCAGCUCCAGUCGGCCAGGCAGCGAGUCAUGAACCCGGUACCCCAUCAGCAGCAGCGCACGGUGCUCAACCCUGCCCCCAACACCCAGCGAGUCAUGCAGCCAGUCACCUACACCUACAUACCCCAUGUUAGCGGGGUGAAGAACUCAAACCAGGCGUUUGCCUACAGAGUCCCCUCGUCCCAGAUUCAGAUGGUGAGCAAGAACCAGAUUUCUAGCAGUCACCACUCGGCAGCAGCCCGGCAGCGGGAAUACCUACUAGACAUGAUCCCGUCCAAGGUGCUCAAUCAGAACCCUGCUGUCCCGUGGAAGAGAUGAGCCCUCCUAGCCAGCGUUCAUUCUCCCCCUUCCAAUCCCCAACCCUGAUUGUGUUGAAAUAGCUUCAUACAGUCUGUAGAGGGCACUUUUUUUCUCUCUUCCUGAUCGGCCAAACACUGACGUGCUGUCGUAAGAAAGCAUACCCGGGGAUCAUUUAGCCUUCUCAUCUGUGAAAAUUGGGGGGGUUGAUAUGCUGGGCAUUGUUUGGUGUGUGAAUCUGGCAGCAUGCAGGAGAUGCUGUCCAUCUACUCAUGUAACCCUUAAAUUGGUGGUAUUGAGGGCCACGGUCAGGAAAUGAGAAAUCGCUGGUGGUCAGCUCACCUGGUCUGGUUUCUGAAAGUGCACUCAUUGGCCAAUGUAUGUCCGAGGUCAGUGAAGAGUACACUGCUAUUGGCCGUGGAUGGCGAAGCUUGAACCGGAAUCCUCCGCACUUUGCAGGUCAUUCAAGCCCGUCAGCUCAUUUAAAAAUAAAUCUUGCUUCUUACGUUGUCUUCAUGAUAUGAUGUUCCACGUAAUCGGCCAGAUAACCGAGCCCCUCAGGUGAACGGAAAGUAUCUGAAUCCAAACACCUGCAGGUUAUUGCAGAAGGUGCUGCAUCCUGAUUUCUCCGACAUGAUAUUUUAGUUUCACUUCUUAUGACGGAGAGCCACAAAAGAACGCUCCGGUCUUGGCAGCAGUUCCAAGAGAGAAACCUACUCCUUGUUUCAAGCAGACAACCUCUUGAGUAGGAGGCUAACCAAGUUGCCCCAAAGUGGGAUUACCUUGUGUUGAAACGGGCCACUGUUAAUUAUUUAUCGUUAUACAGCUCGAAGAGCCGAUGGUAGCCGGGGGAAGGGUCCCUCCAUAACAGUGGCUGUGAUAGAUUAUGAUAGGCUUUAUUUAUUUGCAAGUGGGUCACAUCUGCUCUAAUUCACUGUAAAUUUAUUUGGACAGACUUAAUUUGCAAUGUUUGCUCAGUUGGUUUUAACAAAAGUGGGAAAAGAAGAAAAAUGCAAGAACAGUGAAAUAGCAGAGAAGCAAACGAGAAUGUUCAUCUUCCUGACCAAAGCCUUACAAUUGCAAUGUUGCUCAGAUUAUUUGAAUAUUGGAGCAUUAAGGGUUGGACAGAUUUGGUCAGCAAUUCAUGUUUGUAUGUAAAGCGAUCUAAAGAUUGUAAAUACUUGUAGUUUAUGAACACCGUUGUUAUUGAUAUGACAUAAAAAACUCCUGUAAAUUAUUUAAUGGUGAAUAUGUUAUCUUCCAUGGUUAGCCCACAACAAAAGGGUUUGUCUCUGAGCAUGGGACAGGUGCCAAAAUUCCUCUUCAAUGGGAGUGGUUGGGUAGGGAGAGCUUUUUGUAUGGAGUGGUAAGUUUUUUGGGGGUGGAAAGGGUGUAAUCAUAAAAAUCAGUGAAUAUUCCCAAGAGUUUUCUCCCUGUUGGUCUAGCCCUAGACGUGGGCAAGAAUACCAUAGUCCUGUGCAUGGGGGAAAAGUGAUUCGACUUGCAUGUUCCAAUCUUGGUAAAUUCCAAGGUCUGAUCAACUGAUGAGCAUUUGUUUUUGUGUAUCGUGUAUGCGCAUGACGGAAGAUUCCAUCCCACCGGACGUUCAUCUGAAAAUCUUUUUUUUUUAAAUACUCCAAUUAGGUAUUUAUGUGUUGCAAAUUGAAAAAUGUAAACUAUCACAAUUGGAUAUUUAAGAUUUUCUGAAAGGAGAAAAAAGGAAUAAAAAAAGUUAUUUAUUCAGAUUAACCGAGUACCGAAUUCUCCCAAGGCAAAUACUUUCCUGUGACAUUAACAGUGGUAUCUGUCCAAUAUAGGGAUGGCUUAAUUUUAUUUCACGUAAUCUAACCUAAAAAAAUGCAAUAUUUAAUCCUCAAUAUUCCAAGGGGGGGAUUCAUCAGCUGGCUCACAGUCAACAUGGAUAUUUCAUGCUUGCCGAAAAGUACUAUCAGUGUCCUAGAUUUUUCAGAUGGGGGGGUUUCACGGUUGAAAAAAAAAAAAAGGUUCUUGUUACAACAGUCAGCAACUCAUAACUUAACUAGCUGGAGACUGAUUCAACACAAAUAACUGCAAGUAGGUGAAUGGAAUGUGUGACUAACCUGACAAUUAAGAUUGUACUUUUGUGGGCAUCAUAAAGAGAGUGUAAUAAUUCUGUUGCCAAAGGGAGUGAUAAAUGUUCUUUUUUCUGGCCACAAAGGAGUCCUGGAGUGGAAAUAGUUUGGUCCAGAGCUGUUUAUAGAGAGAGUUGCGAGUAUCUCAGUCGGGACAAAAAUGGUGGUUCAUGAACACCGACAGCACAUGAUGAGCAAGUUCGGUAUUUCAACAGGGCAUGCCCACUAUGAGGCUAUUUGGGAACGGCUACACGUGCCCAAUAGUCUGUUUUAUCAACGCACCAUACACUGACUCGCGUGCGCUUUGUUCCCAAAAGACCUUGGCUUUUUGAAAUACUGAACUGGCUCAUAGUUGCAUGAUGUACUGCACUCAUAAUAAACAGCCAUGUUGGUUCCCAAAGGCUGAAGAUGGCGCAACUCUCUCUCUCUCUAGACAGCUCUGGUUUGGUCCAAGUCUUGUGUUAAUGUUCGUCUUCAGGAAAAAGACCAAGGACCUCAAGAGGCUUUUUCAUGAUCACAAAAAAAUGAAGUCGUACUCCUUCAUUUCUGAGACUGACAUAAGGCCCCCUCCCGUGUGGAAAAAUAUGCAAAUCCAAUUCCACUCAAACUGGGCCGUAAGCAUUCCCUGUGGGGAAAACAGUUUUUGUUUGUGGAGAAACAAGUCUUGUGAGGAAUGUUCCGAUGUUACAAGGUAAUUUUUUUUUUUGUUUUUUGGGGGAUGUGGGACUUGAUACAUCUUCUGUUAAACGGUUUUGUGAUGUUGUCUACGUGUAAGUUACGGGGGACAGUCCUGUACAAACUCUUUGGGGGUGUUACAAGAAAGUGUAGAACAUUAAAGAUAUUGGUAUUGUAAUAAUAAAAGCAUUGAUGAUUCA